GCAUUUUGGGAAUGAAACGACUCUCUCUUUUUGCUCUUUCCCAUAUUUUGUUUGUAUUUUCCCGAGAAAAUGAGAGGAAGUAUCUCUAGUUGAGAACACAACUCCACGUUCUUUGCUUGCCUCGUAGGUUACGCAUCAGCAGCUAGCUGGGUUUUGUCUGGCAAAACUCAAUCUCCAAGCUUUCUUAUAGCUUCCGUACGUUUGAGGCUUUCUCUUCUUCCCACACGAAGCAUCGUGAUCUGGAAGUUGUUGUUGAUUUCCGAUUCCCCCUUUCCUGGCUUCUUAUCCAGUUUCUCUGUUUUACUUUUUGGUUGACUGAACUCGAAUUUGAGUUGCAGAAAUUCUGGGUUUAAAAUUAUCAAUCUUCUGAGUUUUGAUUCUCUUGGAUGUCUGAUUUGAGGAUCAGAUUUGUUUUCUAAAGGUUGUCCACGGAUUCAAUUUGAGAUGCGAGUAUGCAGAAGAAACGAGAGAUUUGUGAAUACAGAGAGAGACUUAACAAGACCUUGACGUCUCCUGAGCUCACUAAUGAGCAAACUCUGAAAACCCUCAUCAGAAAACAGCUAAAUGAAGAGUGUGAUGUGGAUAUAUUGGAUCAAAGAGUAGCUGAUUUAUCUAGUAUACUUGAGAAGCUUAGGAGUGUAUCAACAAAGGAUCAAGAACCUUCUAAAUCAAGCAACGAGGAGGGGUCUUAUGGUGAUUGGAAAGUGAAACAUGAUCAUGAAGAUUGUCGUGUUAUGUACCGUGAAGGACUUGAAGGAAGUCCAUUUCACACGUUGCUUGUUGAAGGUUACAUGGAAGGGCCUAUCCAAGACUGUUUAUGUGUAUCAUGGGAAACAUCACUCUAUGAGAAAUGGUGGCCAAAGUCUUCAUUUCCGGCAUUCAGGAUCUUACAAACUAAAUGCUUACAGAAGUUUCGGAUCAAUGAACAGAUAUGUUUAGUGAGGACGAAAGUGCCGUGGCCAAUGACAGACAGAGAAGCUAUUUUGAAGUUUUUCUUAUUCGAAUACUUUAAAGACGGUUUAGUCAUCAUCCUACUAAACUCGAUCUCAGCAUCAGAAGUAGAGAGCAUCGACAAGAACGGUAUUUCUAAAGCAGAGAAUGCAGUGAGGGUUGAUUUAGUAGGUGGAGUUGCAAUACAGAAGGUGUCUCCAGAGAGGAGUUACUUAAGAUACAUAUCGGAAUUCGAUAUAAAGCUGGACUUGGUCCCUCCAUCUCUAAUAAAUUUUAUGUCGAGGCAGCUCCUCGGCAACGGUUUCAGACUUUUCAAGAAGACUAUUGGUUCGGUGGCGAAAUCCGAUGAUUACAACAGAGUUUUAGCUGAUCCAUUAUAUACUCAGAUACGUCAAGCUCUGUAUUCUACUGAUAAAUCUGAUGAAAAUGUGCUCCAUAGCCAAGAAGGAAGAGAAUUCAAUGAAGAAGAACCUAAGUUGGAAGCUGAUGAGACUCGAAAUCACGGAAAUGAACCUUGCAAAAGAGAUGUUGCUGAGAUUGAGGAAGAAGAAUGUGAUGAUGAAGAAGAAGAUAAAAGUGUUUCUUCUUCCUCUUCUUCUUCUUUUUCGGUAGAGGAUGAAAAUGUCAUAGGUAAGACUCAAAAGAACAAUGGUAAAACACGAUUCUGCAUAAGUCCAGAGGUGAAGCAAGCUUUAGGGACAUUAGAGAGAGUGAUAUCAAUGGUUAGAAAAUCCAGAACAGAUAACAACACGUCAACCUCUUCGGAAGAAGAAGAAGAAGAAGCAUCACCACCAUCAUCAUCACCAAAACAGCUUUCAGAGAGCACUGCGAUUGUUUCAAGUAGCAAAGUUUGUAUUCAAGAUCCUAAAACUGAAGAAGUUCUUGAUGAAGCAUCCUUCACUCAUUAUCACAACAACAACAUCAAUAGGCGAAAUGGAUCGAGUUCUUUUGCAAGAGAAGGCAACAAAAUAGCUCCUGCAUCACCUGAGAUCGAUCUUACUACAAACUCUGAUGAAGAGGUCACAAGGAUAACAAUCUCACAAGCCACAACUCUUUUCAGCCAAACAACAGAGAUUAGUGACGACAAACCGAGCGGUUUAAAUGGCGGCAAGAGCUCGAUAUUGCAGAGAAAACGUAAACCGGGCUGUUUCGGAUUCAGGUCAUGGCUGAGAAGGACUUGAAAUUGGGAGAUUUGGUAAUGCCAAAUCUUUGAAGUUGCAAAGAGCUUAUAACAAUUACUUUAUACAAGGAAUCAUCAAUUGUUUUUAUGUACUUUUGGUUAGUGUAAGAUUUGCAACAAAUGUUUCGAGUUUCAACAAAUAUAGUGAUGUAACAUUAAUAGUAACUAGAAUG